AUGUGGAGAAUUCUGCAGUGUCCCUCUUACCUCAGCACUCCUGUGAGAACUCUUACUGGAGACAAGCCCUUUGAGGGUAAGGAAUGGGGCAAAGCCUUUUGUUACUCCUCAAAGCUCACUAAACAUGUAAAAACUCACAGUGGAGUGACACCUUAUGAAUGUAAGGAAUUUGGGAAGGCCUUUAAUCAGUGCUCACACCUUACUGAACAUCUAAAAACUCACAAUGGAGAGAGGCCUUAUGAAUAUAAGGAAUGUGGGAAAGCUUUUACUGUGUCUAGAAUUCCCACUGGACAAAUGAUAACUCACAGUGGAGAGAGGCCUUACAAAUAUAAGGAAUGUGGGAAAGUCUGUGGUUCAUCCUCAAACCUCACCUUACAUACAAGAACGCAUAGCGGAGAGAGGCCUUAUGAAUGUAAGAAAUGUGGAAAAGCCUUUACUCACUUCUCAAAUGUCACUAAACAUCUUAGAGCUCAUAGUGGAGAGAGGACUUAUAAAUGUAAGGAGUGUUGGAAAGCCUUUAGUCAGCUCUCACACCUCUCUGACCAUACAAGAACUCACAGUGGAGAGAGGCCUUAUGAAUGUAAGGAAUGUGGGAAAGCCUUUAGUCAAUCCUCACACCUUACUGGACAUAUAAGAACUCAUAGUGGAGAGAGGCCUUAUGAAUAUAGGGAAUGUGGGGAAGCCUUUAGUCAGUUCUCACACCUUAUUGCACAUAUGAGAAUUCACAGUGGAGAAAGGCCUUAUGAAUGUAGGGAAUGUGGGAAAGCUUUUAGUCUGUCUGGAAGCCUCACUAGACAUAUGAUAAUUCACAAUGGAGCGAGGCCUUAUGAAUGUAAGGAAUAUGGGAAAGCCUUUCGUUGGUCCUCAAACCUCACCAUACAUACAAGAACUCAUAGGGGCAAGAGGCCUUAUUAA